AUGGCUAGAUUCAAGCGUACAAUUACUGCGCUUGCAGUGUACUUUGUCACAACCACUGCAGUUAUCUUCAAGCCACAGAAUGAAUACAAAGCGUUGUCGGCAGAGAAUCCGUCUUUCCCUAUUGAUUUGCAGCCAUGGUUCAAUAAUCGAGCGUUUGGAUUGAAGCCAAAUGAGUCAAGCUUUGAUGGAAAUGGAAAUUCAUAUCCAGCGGCACAGAUCCCGCCCAAGGAGUUCGUAUAUGGUGGAUUCAACUAUCAAUUCUCAUCAUACAAUGCCACCGGCUUUGACAAUGUUCUCGUCAAAGGACAAACCGUUGACGUACCUCGCGCCAAGUACUUCAGUUAUCAGUUCCUUGCUGCGUCUGAGUCUGGAAUGGCGUCUGGCUCAGUAACAGCCACCUACGCUGAUAACAGUUCCACAAGCGGGCCACUUCUAGUUCCCGCUUGGUGGAGUUGGCCAUACCCAGCUGGUGGUGAUCUAGUAUUCUCUUGCUACCUGACCGAGAACGAGACGAAUUUCAAUAGAUCCAACAUUUUCCAAACCAUCAACUGGCUAGAUUCAUCCAAGGAGCUUGUUUCACUGACAUUCCCCAACAGCUCAGCUGGGUCAUCGACAUCACCUGGGGGAGCAUCCGUUGACACAAAGCUACACGUCUUUGCUCUUUCAAUGCUGCCAGUAGCCAAAGUCCAACCAGGUUCCCGAAGAUUAGAGAUACAGUAUGCUCGUUCCACGCAGAAAUGGAUUGAAGGAUCAGACAAGGUUCAAAUCAUUGAAACCAUCAUCAACAAUGUCGGCUCCGAAUUUGUUGUUCGCAAUAACAACGUUCAAGUGCUUAUUGAGUCCGCAGGUCUGGAAACAGUCACCCCGGGAGUUAUAAAACGACUUGGACCUGGCGAUCAGGCAAUCGUGGAGAUUGGCGUCCGAAAUCGCGAAGGAGUGAAAUCAGGAGAUUCUGGCCCAGCAACGGUGGUGAUCAAAGGCCAGCAUGUCUCAUCCUCAAAAUACACAUUCACUGCGGCCUAUGGGAUCAGUCAAUAUGAAGCUACAUACGAGUCUAUCUACAGUCAUGAAGCGCCGAACUGGUACAACAACGCCAAGUAUGGCAUUUUCAUUCACUGGGGUGUAUACUCGGUACCUGGAUGGGGCAACGUGGGCUCCAAAGAGGGUUAUGCUGAAUGGUAUUGGUGGGGGCUGAAUGAGGGAACAAGCAACCCAACAGACAUAUAUGACUAUCAUCUCGAGAAAUAUGGCAAGGAUUUUGUCUACGAUGACUUUAUCCCGAGCUUCACUGCCAGCGCAUGGGAUCCAAAGGAGUGGGUGGAUUUAUUUGCAGAUGCUGGCGCCAACUAUUUUGUUCAGGUUAGCAAGCACCAUGAAGGAUAUGCUCUGUUUGAUCUCCCAGAAAAUGUGACGAGGAGAACUUCUGUGGCGUUGUCUCCACAUCGCAAUCUCGUCAAGGAAUUAUUCGAUGCCUCGAAGAAAUAUCAGCCACACCUUCAUCGCGCCGUUUACUACUCCCUCCCAGAAUGGUUCCAUCCUGAUUAUAAGAAAUACGGCUUUUCGUCAUGGCCCGGAGGUAUGAUCGAGGCUCUUUCUCUUCAAUUGAAAACUAUACUUACAAUGGCCGAAGGAAAUGCGACCAAUCCAUUCACCAACGAGACUCUGACUUACACUGGCUACGUCCCUCUCAAUGACUACAUCACCGAUAAAGUCCUACCAGAGAUGAACACUCUCGCCGAGAUGGGUACGGAGAUUAUGUGGUGUGACAUUGGAGGUCCAAACCGCACAACUGAAUUCGCAAGUGCAUGGUUCAAUCGAGCGGCAGAGCAAAAUCAACAAGUGGUAAUGAAUGCCCGCUGUGGCCUGCCGGGCGAUUUCGACACACCUGAGUAUGCCCGCUACAACGGUGUCCAGGUUCGCAAGUGGGAGAGUAACCUGGGAAUGGAUCCUUUUAGCUACGGCUAUAAUCGAGCCACGCCUCUGGCCAGCUACAUGAAUGCCAGUGGCAUUGUCACCAGCCUGAUUGAUAUUGUCAGCAAGAACGGGAACUUCUUGCUAGAUAUUGGACCGACCGCCAACGGAACGAUAAUAGAUAUUGAGCAACAGCAUCUUCGUCAAGCUGGUGCUUGGAUCAAGAGCCAUGCAGAGGCUAUUUUCAAUACGACUUACUGGUUUGUGACGCCGGCGGAAGGUGAUAAUAUUCGAUUUACCAUCUCGCAGGAUGCCUUUUACAUCCACUCUCUUGCAAAGCCAAACAGUACUUUGACUUUAUCAAGUCCAAUUCCAUGGGUGAAAGGCGAUAAAGUUACGGUUAUCGGAGGGAAGAUGGAUGGCACUGUUUUGCCAGUGCGGAAAUUGAACAAUGGUUCUAUCGAAAUCUCGGUGAGCAAAGAAGUUGCAGCAGGGGAUCAAUACGCUUGGGUGUUCAAGAUUCCAUAUUGA